CUCAGACGGAGAGUUUUCUCCUCCUCUCUGCUCUGCUUCUGAUUUCUUUUUUUGUUUGUUGUCUCUGUUUCCCUGGGAUCUUUUGGCAUGGAUGGCGAAGGAUAGUCUGGAUUUCUCAAUCACUGCAAGGAUCUGUGAAAGGAACUGUUGAAUUUGUUGUUCAAGAGGGAAGAGAGGAAAAUCUGGAGUGGCAGAGUGAAGACGAAGUUUGAGAUUCAUCAAAAUGUGUAAUAAUACUUCUCCACCAAAUGACACGUGCCAUACACCGAAUGCAGCCACUUACCAAGUCCUCUCCAGCUUCAUGAUUGUGGAGUUCAUCCUGGGACUUCCUCUCAACCUCUCGGUGCUCUACAUCUUCAUCUUCAGGUACAAAUUCUGGAAGAACAACUGUGUGUUCCUCUUCAACAUUGUGGUCGCUGACUUUUUGCUGGUGGUCUGUCUUCCUGUUAAAAUUCACCACUAUCAGCACAACCUGAGGCACAGUGAGGAUGAUGCUCUUUGCCGUCUGAUGCACUUCAUGCUGUUCCUCAAUCGAGGGGCCAGCAUCGGCUUCCUCAUCACUCUGUCCCUGGACCGCUACUUCAGCGUCGUCCAUCUUGGUAGGAAAAACUACGUGAAGGUGUUUAAGAAGUCUCCACUGAUCUCUGUGCUUAUCUGGGUCUUCUUACUGCCGCUCACCAUACCCACGAUGCUAUCCUCCUUCGAUUGCUGCAACAGCUUCGGCCGACGUGAGACCACGACUCUGGAAGUUUUUACUGACACUUUAAGAGAGAUCGUUUUCUUCUCUCAAAUCAUCAUCCCCUUCAUCAUCCUCAUUUACUGCACAUCUUGCAUCAUCAGCCGACUGAGGAGGAAAUCGAUUGGAGAAAAGGCCAAACUGAGGAGAGCCGUGUUCGCCGUCCUGUCUGUCGCCAUCAUCUUCGCCAUCUGCUUCCUGCCGUGCACGGUGGCUCGGCUGGCGCUGCUGAUCGUGAGGCUGAAAAACUGUCAGGAUUGGGAGAAUAUGGUGGUCCAGGUGUACGACGCCCUCAUGGUUCUGUCCUACGCCGACUGCCUGUUGGACCCACUGGUUUACUGCUUCUGCAACUCAGGCUUUAAGGUAGCUUACAUCUCCACUUUCUUCCCACCAUGUCUGAGGAAGAGACUGAUAACGUCUACCUCAACCACACCAAUGGUCACAACAACUACGACAACAGCAGGACUGGGGGCCAAACCGAUUUCAUUGCAAAUGAUGGAAAAAUGACUGUUAGUCAAUCUUUCUGGUUUAAAUGUAGCCAUUAUAAAAACUUAACAACUACUGCUCUUCUCAGGAACAAAGCUUUAAAAUGUUCCUAUAAUUCUUCUUUGAAAUGUUAGGAGAGGUAUAUAGGACAUAGAAAAUGUGCUACAUUUCAUUUUUUGUAUAAAAAUCAUUCAUAGAAAAUUGUUUUUAUCAGUUCUGCCUAUUUUGAGCCAUUUAUUGACGUCCUGCCACUUUAAAUAAGCAGUGGACACGCCCCCCAACUCAACGUUUACACUUGUCCAUGAAAAUGUCUGCAAAGCGAUGCGCAAUUAUACAACUGUACAUCUUUGAAAAGCAGAAGUGGAGCCUCCUGCACAACCACCAAGAAUGUAACAAAUGGUUUCUGAAUGAUUACUCAAAAACUGAGGUUGCUAGGUAACAGUCUGGUCCCUGCUGAUUUAUGACGUUGCAUUCAGAAGAUUUUUGAAACAGCCAAUUUUCCAGACACCAAAGAAAAACAUAAAAUCAUUGCCGAAAACAUCUUUAAUGAAAGUUGUUUUAAUGUUUAAAUUUAAGAGAAAAGUUAGUUUUAACAAACUAACCUGUAAAUACUUAGAAAGUAAAAAUUCUUUAAGUUCCAGUGAAUUAGUGCCUCUCAACAGCCUCACCGGUCUGCAUGUUUUACAUGAGCCUCUAUUCAUCAUCUGUAACAGCUGUAACAGCUGAUUCAAAUGAUUGCAUGACCUCUUCUGCAACCACCAAGUACCACAGGAGGCUCUGAAUUAUCCACAGAUUAAAUCCAGGUGUGUGGCAGAAGGGAAACCCCUAAAAGGCAGAGGACUUGAGGACCGCAGUGGAGAAACACUGCAGUAAAACAACAUGCAAGUUUUGGGAAGGUGAUCUGUGAGUUGUAGAAAAGUAACGUCCAUUUCAGAAAGCAACCUGUUUCAGGAACCUAAAUGGAAACUUUUAAAUUAUUAUUAAAGUUUUAGAAAAACAACAUUUUAGUUUCCUGAAAGCAACUUGUAUGUUUCUGUAAAUAUUCAAAACGUCUGUAAGCUCCAGGAGAGCAAACAGAGAGUUUCAGAAAAAUAUCCUUUACUUUUUAUCCAUUAACUUUUGAGGAAAAUAAUCGAUGUAUUCCUUCAUAGUAGCUUUGAAGUUACAGAUAUAAUGUAACCUGUGAAUUGCAGAGAAGAACUUAUAUGUGUCAGGAUAGUAACUUUUACUUCCAAGAACUUGAGCUUUUAAAUUUUAGUAAAGUAGCCUUUAAGUUUCAAAGAAUAAUGCAUUAAUGUCAAAAAAACAACACGUGAGAUCCAGUUAUUACUCCCUCGUUAUCCUGAGGAAAGUUUGAAGAGAUAAACCUGCUUGUUGUGUGAUGAUAAACUUUCAGAUUUUUAAGUUUUAAAGUCUACAUUUUGUUUUGUUGCAUUUUAAUCCACAUGGAUUUUUUGUUAAUCCAACCAGAUGAGGCAAUCUCGUGGAAAUGCUUCUGCAUUUUUUGUUUCCAUUAUCUUACAGAUUAGCUCUUCCUGUAAGGUGUGUAUAAUCCUGUGACGUUUGUUCAAGUCAAAACAUAUAAACCAUCAGUGUGGCUGUUUUAUAUGACCCAGCUCGUCAUUUUUAACUCCUUUCAUUUGGUUAAAAAAUGAUACAUUUUUAUGUUCAAAUAAUGUAGUUUAUGAUGUAAAUAUUUAUAUAUCAAAGCAUUUCUAUAUUUAAAUUUAUUCCAAACCAGGAGUGAAAGAGUUGAGAUUAUUUAAGUAUAUUUUGCAGGUUAAUGAAAAAAGAAUCCAGUUCAGUGUUUAAAACUUGAAGUGUUGAACUUUUUCUCUUUUCUUUUGCGAGUUAUAAAUGUUGACUGGCCUUGUUGUCUCUGGUUUGAAGCUUUGUCAUCACUUUAUUUGACUGUUCAUGUUGCUGAAUCUGCUUCAUGUU